GACCCGGCGGCGCCGAGGCGAGGUUGGGCGGUGCCGCUAUGGCCGCGCUGCUCUGCGGGUCCCGCGUUGUGGCGGGCGGCGACGAGGACAGCGAUAGCGACAGCGACGAUGGCGGCUGGGACAUUGGCAUCGUGCGGCAGGAGCCGCAGCAGUUGGAUCAAAUGUUGCAGGCAGAUAAGAAUGAGGCUUUAAAGAAGGCUCUGUUUCGUGGUGAUGUGUCUUUAAUUGAAGAACUCUUAAACUCAGGCAUCAGCAUAGAAACUAGCUUUCAGUUUGGAUGGACUCCCCUGAUGUGUGCUGCCAGUGUGGCCAACUUCGCAGUAGUGCGUCUUCUUCUGGACAGAGGUGCCAACGCGUGUUUUGAAAUAGAUAAAUACACUGUGCUGAUGGCAGCAUGUACUGCACAAGCUUCAGAGGAGAACAUCUUGAAGACUGUAGAACUGCUUCUAUCAAGGAAUGCUGACCCUAACCUUACUUGCAGGAAAAAAAUGACUGCACUGAUGUAUGCAGCUAGAAAAGGCUAUGCUCGCGUUGUUGCUCUGCUUGUUGCUUGUGGAUCACACAUAAAUGCCCAAGAUGAAAAUGGAUAUUCAGCAUUAAUAUGGGCAGCGCAGCAUGGACAUAGAAGUGUAAUUUUGAAGUUGCUUGAGCUAGGAGCUGACAAAAAUCUACAGACUAAGGAUGAAAAAACGGCAGCAGAGCUAGCAAAAAUCAAUAAACAUACAGAGAUUUUUAGUUUGCUCUCUUUGGCUGCAAAUCACUUGCAAGGGAGAUACCAUAAAACAGUUGAGCAAGAGGCUAUCUGCAAAUUUCUGACAGCUAUCCCUGACCACAGAGUUGGUUCCUAUUCACUCUUUGAUGACAUGGAAGUGUUUUUACAUGGUCUUGGUCUAGAACACAUCAGAGGACUAUUGAAGGAACAAGAUAUAACUUUAAGAGAACUUCUGAUCAUGCAAAAAGAUGACUUAAUACAGAUUGGCAUUACAAAUCCCGGAGAUCAAGAGAAACUCCUAGGUGCUAUUAAUGAGCUGCAAGUGGAUGAAAAAAGAAUUGAAGACUUCUCUGAAAUUCUGAAGCUGGAAUUGAGUGAAGAUGAAUUCUACAAGUUUCUUCAGAAGCUGAAUAAAGAGUGUAGUAAGCUGAUCGUUCCUGUGCAGACCAUGAAUAAGCAUUUUCUCAAAAAUUCGCACAAGAUGGUACUGCAGUGGGCACCGACUGAAACUUACAUUGAACUCUGCAAAGAUUUGGUUUGCAGUGUUAAGAAUCUGGGAGAAGAAGUUGCCAAACUGAAGGACCUGCUAGUGAAGCAUGAACAGAAGAAUGAACCCAACCAAGUGAAACUUCCAAAAAAAGCAGCCACCUUGGAAAAAAGAUUAGUGAAGAUGGGAGGGGUAACAUUACUUGGAUUUGGUUUUUUCUUCUUUAUAACUAAAUUAGUGGUAAAGAAAACCUGAAUUUAAGUUUAGUGCUGUUUCUCAUCAUAUCUGUAGUAGUAUCAAGUAUGUACUUUGAUCUAGAAAUAAAGUUAUUAAAAAUUAAAACUGUUACUUAAGAGUAUCUUAUGCAUUUAUUUUGAAAAUUUUUUGUAUACAAUGUAGGUCUAAAAUCCUGUCAAAGCUACUUUUCUUUUUUGGCUUAAAGUUGUGAUUAUUGCUUACUAAUUACUAGUUUCAUUUUUUUUACUUUUAGCUGUUUGGAGAUGAACAUAAGCAAAUUCUUCUGAUUAUAUCACAUGUUUGUAUUUAAAAUUAUAAUGCGGAUGUGUUUUGGGGGUUGGGAGGGUUUAAAAUAUUUUAAGUAUCAUAUUCAAUGUUAUAUUGA